AUGGGCAAACCACUCACAGAAGAGCUUAUCAUUUAAAAAACUAAAUGCUCAUCUUUAUCAUAAAUUAAAAAUUUGAAUUUAUGGGGAAGCGAUAUUGAUGAUAUUUCCAUCCUUAAAUAGAUUCCUAACGCAGAGGUGCUUUCACUCUCUGUAAAUAAGAUUAAUUCUUUGAAAGAUUUUUAGUAUUGCAAAAACUUAUAAGAACUUUAUCUAAGAAAAAAUAACAUUUCAGAUUUAAAGGAAUUGAAAUAUUUAAGUGGUUUACAAAAUUUGAAAGUUUUAUGGCUACAAGAUAAUCCAUGCGCAGAAAAUCCUGAUUAUCGUAAAAUCGUUAUCAGUUAUUUACCAAAUUUAAGCAAACUGGAUAAUUCAUAAAUAACUCCUUAAGAAAAGCAAGAAGCCCAGAAAAUUUAGGGUUCUAACAAUAACUUUAGUCAAGUAUAUUUAAAUGAUAACGAAAAACAAAAGAAUGGCUUGAAUGAAAUUCAAGAGAAUUAAUCCUAGAUGAUAGAAAACGAAAUGACAAAUAAUAGUUAAUAGUUUGAAAAGCAAAAUCAAAAUAUAGUAUGUGCAAUAUUGAGUUUAAUUAAAGAUUUAGAUAUAAAUUCGUUAGAAAUUGUUAGAAGAGAUGUCUUAAAGAAAAUGGAAAAGUUCAAAAAUUGA